AUGUUGGGCAAAUUCAGUACCAUAACAACAGAUCGACUGUUUAGAAUCAAUCUGAAAAGCAUUUUUUCAUCUUCGACACAUUUUCAUACUUCUGCGUCAUCUGGUAUUACAAAAACAUCGUCAAAUUCUUUACGAGGUUCACGUAAAUAUUCACCGCAUGGUAUCAGCACACAGAGUCGUGAAAUCAUACAAUUCUGCUUCGAAAACCCACACAGCGAAAUUGGUAGUCGGGUAUGCAAUCGAAUUAUUGAUAAACGAACAGAUUUUAAACGGUUUGGUGCAAAACUGGGAAAGGAUAAAUGGAUUUGGUUUACAGGUUUAUUACGAAAAUACCUGGAAGAUAUUGUCCAAAAUAUAGAAAGUACAGAGAAGAUAGAAGAGCUGUCAAGAAAUUAUGGCAAAAAACAUGUCGCUUUGCGAAACUAUGGUUUCAAACCAGACUUUUGGGUUAGUUUAGCGGAUGCAAUUAUUACUGAAUGUAUCAUAUUGGAUCUGGCAACUCAUCAACCAGCUGACACUGUAGCGGCUUGGUCACAACUAGUUUCAAUAAUGUUCACUUCUGUACGUGACGGGUAUUAUGCAUCGUUAAGAGACCACCGCAAAGCUUCCAAGAAAUCUUUGUCUACUCAGAGUACUAUGGACCUGACAGCAGCAACCGAAUUUGACAAAGAUGCAGCGGAUUCAAAAACCGAAACUGGUUCACUGUAA